AUGAUUCUGUCCUAUCCCUCCGCCGUUACUACCCUUGCUGGGUUGGCAUUGCUUGCUCAACUUGCUUCUGCCUCUCAAAUACCUCUCCCCAUUUUGAAAGACUUCGAUGAUACUGGCGUUCUUGGUGGGCUCUACCGACCCAACACCACGAGCCCACGCUCGCGCAUCGGCAUCUAUAUCAUGCAUACGGAGCAGGACUACACCUCCUUUGUUGGCUGUACAGAGCUUCAGGAGCGUGGGUUUACAGUGUUUUUCGCCAACAACGAAGCCAGCAAAUCCGGCUAUAUGUCAGACAUAAACUUUGAGGAUAUGAUGCUCCAGGCCAACACGGGCUUGGCCUGGUUGCGCAACCAGACCGAUAUCGACAAGGUGGUUAUUCUCGGCCACAGCGGUGACGGUGCGAUGACGGCCCAUUACCAGAACGUCGCAGAGAAUGGAGUGUCCGCGUGCAAUGGCCCAGAGAAAAUCUAUCCUUGUUCCAAUGCUCUGGCUGGCCUUGAGCCUGCUGACGGCCUAAUGCUGCUGGAUGCUAACUACGGCAUCUCCACCAUGGGCCUGCUAAGUCUGAACCCGGCUAUCGAAGAUGAAACGAAGGCCUCAAAACUCAACCAGUCCCUCAACAUUUAUAACCCUGAUAAAGGGUUCAGCAAUGGCACUCAAUCAAACUUCACUUCAGAGUUCAAAAAGAGGUUUACGAAGGGGAUUGUGGCUCGCAACAACCGUGUCCUGGAACAUGCCCAGCACCGUCUCAAGGAAAUCGAGAAAGGCAAUGGGAUGUUCGGUGAUGACGAGCCCCUCACCAUCCCUGCGGCUCUUUACCUUGCUACCAACAACCUCUUCAUUUCUCAAGAUGUUCGAACUUUGCAUCACACUACCUAUCCUUGGGUUUUGCUUGAAAAGAACGGUACGACCGAGCAGAUUAUUCAAUCGGUGCGUGUCCCCUCCGGCUGGGUCGAUGUCUCCAACUCCUGGGAACAAGCUGCUCUCAAGACUACCGUCCGGCGGUACCUCUCCACCCUGGCCAUUCGAGCCAACGAGAACUUCAACAUUCUGGCAGAUAACUUCGAAGGCAUAGAGUACGAUUCUACCCAGAUGGCACCUGCAGCAUCGAUCAAAGGCGUCAGCGUCCCGCUCUUGACCGUGGGAAUGACUGGACACUACGAGUACUUGAACGCUGAAAAGAUCCACCUUAAUGCCGUCAAGAGCAACGAUACCUCGAUCGCGUUUGUUCAAGGCGCUCAGCAUGGCAUUUACCCCUGCACCGAGUGUGAGUCGUACCCUGGAGAAUUUGGAGACACCGUCAAAACAUGCUUCAACUAUGUUGCGGGUUGGCUUUCCGAGCGGGGUCGCUUCCUGUGA